UUCCUUGAGAGUCCGACAUAUCUCCCGGUACCUUUAUGACCUCUCAUUAUACCUAUCUCAGCUCAGAUACUACGUGUUUAAACAUAAUAAGUCAACAUGGGCGACGCUUCAAUUCUUCACAUGCCGACAACCCUCAUUUUUGGGGGCAAUGGCAAAACCGCCCGUCAACUGACAGCAAUCCUUCGGGACGCCGAUACCCCUCACACCAUCUUCAGCGUUAUCCGCAAUCCGGAACAGGUUCCGGACUUGGAAGCCAUCGGCGCAAAGCCAAUUGUCCAAGACAUCUCUACCGCUUCCGAGGUCGACUUUAUCAAAAUCAUUGAGGGCACCCGGCCCGACGUUGUGGUGUGGGCAGCUGGCGGCAAGGACCCCAAGUCCGCUGAGGCCGUUGACCGGGAUGGAGCCAUUCGCGCCAUGGAUGCCCUGGCCAAGGCCAACGUGGUCGCCAAACGCUACAUCGUCGUCAGCGCCCUCGACGUCCGCGACAGAGACAGCAAACCCGUCCCGGACUGGUACACCGAGGCCGACGAGAAGCUCAGCGACCGUAUGUGGGGUAUCAUCGGUCCCAUUCUCCGGGCUAAGCUAGCGGCCGACACGGAGUUGAGGGUGGGGAAUGCGGCUCGCAAGCUUAACUACACAAUUGUGAGACCCGGGGGCUUGACUGAGGGACCUAGCACCGGAAAGGCACGGGCAGGAAAGGUUGGCACCGUCGGCAUGAUUCCCAGAGAAGAUGUCGCCAAGGUCGUCUACGCCGCGAUUCAGAAUGAGAAGACCUACGGGCUGGCCUUCGAUGUGCUAGGGCCCAAAGAGGACAGCCCAACGAUCAAAGAAGCGGUCUCACAGGUGGCAAAACAUCACGAAGAUACCUUUGAGGGCUACUAUUAGGCAAACAAAAUCAACAGUUACGAUUCGUCAAUUUCUUGUAAAGAUCAGAUCUAGCCCCAUCCCAAGUUCGUAAACUUGAAGCCAGGGCUCAACUAGCAGUUGCUUCUUCGGUCGACUUGGCCUUCAAUGGCUUUCGACCGUGGAUUGCCCAACUGUAGAAUGUCAGUAUCGAGACAGAGCUCGCCAAUAGGCGCCGACAAUGGGGCAUUCUUCUUACACCGUAAAGUAGGCGUGGAUACUUUUGUCCCCAAGAUCUCUCCGUGCUUCCAUAGCAAGUACCAUC